AUGUCAGCAUCGAAGAUUCCACUUUUCAAAAUGAAGGACCUGAUCUUGCUCCUGUGCCUCCUGGAGACGAGUUUUGCAGUGCCGGCAUUUCCUCAACAACCUGGGACACCGGGCAUGGCUAGUCUGAGCCUUGAGACAAUGAGACAGUUGGGAAGUUUGCAGGGAUUAAAUGCACUUUCUCAGUAUUCUAAAUAUGGCUUCGGAAAAUCACUUAAUUCCCUGUGGCUGCAAGGUCUCCUACCACCACCUUCCUCUUUCCCAUGGAUGAGGCCAAGGGAACAUGAAACUCAACAGUAUGAAUAUUCUUUGCCUGUGCAUCCCCCACCUCUCCCAUCACAGCCAUCCCUGCAGCCUCAACAGCCAGGACUGAAACCCUUCCUCCAGCCAACUGCUGCACCUGCCAUCCAGGGCACAGCCCAGAAGGGAGGGCCUCAGCUUCGGAUUCACCCUGCACAGCUGCCCUUGAAGGAUGGAGAAAUGCCAGAGAUUCAAGAGCAGGUGGCGCCAUCAGAGAAGCCCCCAAAGCCUGAGGUAAUUCCCUUCUUGGAAGUCAGGUCAGGAUCACCUGCUAACCUAACGGAAGGACCCCAGUUUCUCCCAGCAAUGGAUUUUGCUGGCCCACAAGUUCCAACCGUGUUCCAAAUAGCCCGUUUGAUACCUCGGGGACCCCUGCCUCAAAAUAGACAUGCUGCACUUUAUCCAGGUAUGUUUUACAUGUCCUAUGGAGCGAAUCAACUGAAUGCCCCUGCCAGACUUGGCAUCCUGAGUUCAGAAGAAAUGCCCGGAGAAAGAGGAGGACCCAUGGCCUACGGAGCCAUGUUCCCAAGAUUUGGAGGCAUCAGGCACAACCUUGGAGGAAUGCCCCACAACCCAGCCAUGGGUGGGGACUUUACUCUGGAGUUUGACUCCCCAGUGGCCGCAACUAAAGGCCCCGAGAAAGGAGAAGGAGCUGCGGAAGACGCCCCCAUGCCGGAAGCCAACCCAUCCAAUCCAGAAAACCCAGCUCUCCUUCAAGAGGUAGCACAUGGCGACCACGCAGGGCUCCUUGCUUUCCCUAAGGACAACAUUCCCGGCAUGGCAAGGGGCCCAGCAGGGAAGAAAAUGGGAGUCCCCAGGGUCACCCCUUCAGAUGCUGACCCACUGGCGACCCCUGAAUUAGCUGGGGUUUAUGAUAUCUAUGGUCCGGAUGUGACCACACCCCUGGGUACCCAGGAAGAAACAACCACGGAUACCACCAUGACCCCAGACACUCAGGAAACAUCCAUACCGGGAAACAAAGAUCAGCACCCCCAGAUGAUGCACAAUGCGUGGCGUUUCCAAGAGCCCUGA